AUGGCCCGCGGUAACCAAAAGGAGAGAGCUCGUGAAAAGACCUUGAAGGCCGCUGGCAACGUCAUGUCCGGCUCCGAGCAGGCCAAGGCCAAGGAGAGCGCAGCUGAGAUCAUGCGCGCAAAGCAGGCCGCAGCCGACGCCAAGAGAGCCGCUGAGGCCAAGAAGUAA